UGCCUACCAGUGCACAUCAAUGCCACAUAUCAGUGCCCAUCUGAGCUGCCUUUCAGUGUCACCCAUCAGUGCUGCCAGUCAGUGCCACCUAUCAAUGCUGCCAAUCAGUGCCACUUAUCAGUGCUGCCAAUCAGUGCCAGUCAGUGCCGCCUAUCAGUGCCAGUCAGUGCCGCCUAUCAGUGCAUCAGUGCCGCAUAUCAGUGCCUGUCAGUGCUGCCUAACAGUGCCAUCAGUGCCGCCUAUCAGUGCCAUAUAUGAGUGCUGCCUUUCUGUGCCCAUCAGUGAUGCCUGUCAAUGCCCAUCAGUGCCACCUACCAGUGCCUCCUCAUCAGUGCCCAUCAGUGCCACCUAUCAGUGUCCAUCAGUGAAGCCGAUCAGUGCCCAUCACUACAGCCUCAUUAGCGCACAUCAA